AUGCCAACACUCCUUUUCCAAGCAGACCGAGAAACUCUCCUGCCUGGUGAAGUCUUGUCUGGGCGGCUCCAAGUUUUUGUCCAGCCAGGACAAACAAUCAAAACCAGCGGACUGGAAAUUUACUUCAGGGGCAAGGAAUACACCACUAUCGUCACCGGAAGCGGCAAGAAUAAACGCUUUUACGAAGGCAAGGCACUGGUUGGUCGUUCCGAUCUGAAGGAAGUUAGCCGCUGGGCGACCAGAAGAAUCAUCCGUGAUGGUGCUGUUCUGCCAGGAACCCACCUGAUUCCGUUCAAGAUCCAUCUUCGUGGUCAUCUUCCAGCGAGCACCAGAUUCGAUGGAGUUGGCAAUGCGCCCAAGUUGAGUGCCAAGAUUGAGUAUUGCCUCCGGGCUAGACUCUCGGAGUCUGGAGUCUUCACGGAUUAUGAAGCUCGCAAGGCUAUUCGUAUCCUGGGAAAACCUGUGCCAGACAAGAUUGCCCCACGCCGGGUAGAGCCAUUUGCUGCCCACAUCAACCGUCUUCGCAUGUGGGAGAAGGGCGAAAUGACCAUUGGAGCCAAAGUUGUGGAUACAGAACUGUUCCCUGGCCAGAAGGCUGGUGUCAUUUUGGCCCUCAAGAACAACAGUGGGGCAACACCCAAGAGCCUCUCUUUGUCUCUGAAACAAAUUUAUCGGGUAAAGGCCUCCAACAAAGAAAAGCAAGUUUCCAAAGUACUUUCAAGCAGAUUUUUUCUCAUGAAGCAUCUGCACAAGUACGAACCACUGACUAAGCAAGAACUCAAAAGCUUAAACAAGAUUGAUAUCCUGGCUCGUCGUUGUGAAAACCGACGUGCCAUCCUGCAUGAACUGGAUCAUGCCCCCCAAAGCACAGAAUUCCUUCAGCUUGUGGUCCCACCACACACAGCACCCCAAUUUCAAAGCAAGCUCAUCAAGGUGUCCCAUGAGCUCGUGGUCAAGAUCCACACAGAUGAUCUUUGCACCAACCCAUCGUUUUCGAUUCCGGUCACCAUCUCCCCAAGAGCUCCACCUCGUGCUGCCUCUUCUCCCGUGGACCCUGUUGCUCCCCGCUCGACCCCUGUUGUGACAGCCGAAAUGGCUCUGCCGGUAGCAAUGGCAAGGCCAAUCAGUGAAGAAUCUCUCCGUAACUACCCUGAAUUUGCCGUGCAAGUUGUACCAAUUUUAGGUUGA